AUGAUAGCAGAAACUAUAGAUAUCAAUUUAACCACACCACCCAUAACAUCAUCAACUGUUGUUAAUGAAGAGUUAAAUAAAAAUAUAGAAGAGAUAAAUAUUAGAGAUGAUGAUACAAGUUCAACAAUUUCAGAGCCAUCAACACCAAUUAAAGAAAAUAAUAAGGGAGUGAAAUCACCAACAAUUCCAAUAUUAACAUUAAAUAAUAAUAUUGUUAUCAAUGAUCCACAACAAUUUAAUAUUUUGGAGUCAUCAAGAAAAUCCAAUGUUUUGACAUCAUCAUCAACUUAUGAGUCAUUAUUAAAACAACAAAAAACCAAAGAUUGUAAUUUAACAGUUAAAGUAUUUGAGGCAAGAAACUUGAUUGAGGCUAGACUUAGAAAGAGGGAUGUAAAAAGUGGCAAGAGUUUCAAACGUGCACAAAAUCUUUUAACAGAAAUUUCAUCACCAAAUUUAAUGACUUUCUCUGAUACUACAGAUCCAUAUUGCAUUGUAUCAUUGGACAAGCAAAAACAUCGUACACGUACAAUUCCCAAAAAAUUAAAUCCAUUUUGGUGUGAAGAGUUUCAAAUGGAAAUCAGUGAUCCAAGUUCAGCUAAAGUAGUAUUAUCAAUUAUGGACGAUAAAAAGUAUUCAAGUGAUGAACACAUUGGUAAAUUAGUUAUCCCAAUCAAUACAUUAAAGGAUCAAAAAGAAAGAGAACUCUGGUUCCCAUUAACUACACCAAGCUCAAGUAAAAAGGUUCCACAAAUUCAAAUUCAAUUCACUUUCAAACCAAUUAGUUUAACUGAUCCAUCACAACCGGGCCAUAUUCAUUGGAAAAUUUUAUUUGGUAGAAAUUUAUCACAUUCAUUAGCAUCUCCUUCAGCUGCCACUCCAAAUGGUGCCCCAUCUUCAGGUGGUGUUGCUGCUUCUACAAGUCAAUUGGGUGGUUCUACAUCUGCAGACAAUAUUUCAAAUACUUAUUCAUCAUCAACCCCAUACAUUAAUUGGUCAGUUCGUUCAAAGAGAGGUGAUAUCAUUAUUGACGAAGAGGGUAUUUCAUGGGCAGAUGCUCUCACAAAUGGUGUUACAAGAGAAUUAAGAGAAUCAAUUGAUUGCAUUACAUUUGUAGUUUGGAAAUAUGAGCCAAAAACUUAUCAUAGUACCUCAAUGAUGGAAGAUGAUCCAAGUGGUCUUAAAUCACCAAGAGCUCCAGGUAGUGGUUCAACAACACCAUCAACACCGCCAAAAGACAGUGGAGUUAAAUCACCAGAUUCAAAAACAAGAUCAUCCUCAAAUGCUUCAACCACUCCACCAUUACUCACACCAAAGGGUCCAAAUACCACACCAACUUCUUCACAUACAGAUUUACCAUCACCAAGCAUUUUAAAUUCAUCUAAUACUUCAACAUCAUCUUUAAUAAGUAACAAUAGUGCAGUUGCAAUUGAUCCAAAGGAUGGAUAUGAACAAUAUUUUAUUGGACAAGGUACAGUUUUAGCAUCACACAUCGAUAUCGAAACACUAUGCGAUCAAUGGCUCUGUUUAUACCCAAAACCAAACGCCGAAAAUAAGUUUGGUGAUAUUCGUUUAAAACUUAAAUACUCUGAAGAAGUUGUUUUACCACUCCAAAGUUACUCCCCACUUUUAAACCUUUUACAAGAAGAACAUCUCUACACUAUUCAUCUCUUGGGUAAAGUCACUAAGCACAGAGAAGCAGUUUCGAAUAAUCUCAUCAGAGUAUUUGAAAAGACUGGUAAUUGCUUAUAUCUCUUAAAAUCAUUGACCGAUCACGAAAUCGAUUCAACUAAUAACCCAGAUAUUAUUUUCAGAGGCAAUUCAUUGGCUACAAAGAGUGUCGAUUUAUACAUGAAGUUAAUUGGUAUUCCAUAUCUUGCACAAACCAUUGGUCCAUUAAUCAAAAAGAUUUACUCUAGCAAAAAGUCAUGUGAAAUUGACCCAACAAAAUUAGAAAAGGGAGAAGAUAUCAAAAAGAAUUGUAAAAACCUUUUGAGUUGGGUAAAGAAAAUGACCAAUGCUAUUUUAAGUUCAGUAAACAAUUGUCCAGGUCCAUUAAGAGAAGUUUUUAGAUCCAUUCAAGAGAAAGUAGUUCAACGUUAUCCAAGAGAUGAAAUUACUCGUUAUACUGCCGUCAGUGGUUUCAUUUUCCUUCGUUUCUUUUGCCCUGCUAUUUUAGCUCCAAAACUUUUCGAAUUAAUGCCAGAUCAUCCAGGUAUCAAAACAACUCGUUCACUUAUUCUCAUUGCUAAAACACUUCAAAACCUUGCAAACCAAGUAGAGUUUGGUGAAUACAAAGAAGAUUUUAUGAGAGACAUGAACAAGUUUGUAAUCGAUAAUAUGGACAAUAUGAAACAAUUUAUCAAUACUUUAUCAAUUGUACCUAAUGAUUGUCCUCCUGGUUCCGUUCAAAACCCAAUUAUUUUAGAAAAAGAAUUGGCUUGUCUCUAUCGUCAUUUAAUUAAACAACGUCAAGAUAUGAUAGAUGAAAUGGAAUCAACUGAAUCAGAGCCAAAGACUGAACAAGAAAAAGAAUCUUUCUCAAGAUUGAUGAAUAUAUUAAAAGAUUUAGAAGAAGAUGUUUUAUUUGCUUCAAAAAAUUAA